GUGUUUGUGUGUUUAGCCCUCCUGCUAGCUGGCUACUAUAGAGCCGCAUCAGUGUGCACCUAACGGAGCAUUGCAUCUUCAUUUUGUGUUUCUUACACCCUCCAUGUAUGUCGGUGCAGCCAGCUUUUCCUAAACGUAUGUUUUGGCCGUGACAGUCGGUCUUUGCAUGUGUAAUCAGUGCUAACGUUACUCCAGUGGUCAGUUGGAGACAUUACCGUGGAUCAUCUCAUCGGGUUUUGUGCUAUGUUUAGUCUCGCAUGGAUGAGCUGCUAAGUUAGUCCGACUACGAGUGCAGGUAUUAAUGUAUAGCUGGUGUCUUUUAGCUCACUGAUGCUCUGUUGUGCGCCACAUCUCAACACACCGUUGUCAUCUUUUUCCACCUGGAGGUGGGGGAUGGUACAUUCAGUGGAAAUUAAAUGGCACCCUGGCUGCAUCGUUUUCUGUUUACAUCUCUGCAUCCCCCCUGUGUUUGUUUCACGGAGAGAUAUUUUUUUGGUCGCUCAUCAUCUCGCAGUGGCGAAGGUGUUACCAGUUUGGCUGUGAGGAUUAUUGUGGGGAAAUGUGUGAUUUUAAUUUUGGUGACUGUAAGUAGUGAUGCGGAUAGCAAUUAUGCCACUGGUCAAUUCAUUUGCUGUCCUUUGCCGCAGACAGAAACUAACAGUGUAAAAAUCAAUUUUCCCAAAUGUGUUCUGAGCAAUUUAAUAUUCCCCUUUAAGAAAUCACGCAUUUUAAAUUGCAGUUGUAGCAGGCAAUUACCACUGAGGCAAGACUUGUAAUUUUUGUUGCAAGCUGAAAUUAUGCUGUGUGCAUGUAAAUAUAUGUGAAUAAAACAAAUUUAGCCUUCCACAGACAAGAAUGCUAUGUUUAUAUCAGGUUCUCAGAAACCUAUACAAGCAGUAUUUAGUGCAAAAGAUUUUUUUUCUGGAUAAUUACAUAUUAGGGGUUGACUGAUUGAUUGGUUUGACCAGUUACCUAAUUUGAUAUUCAACAGUUUUCAGAUUAUUGAUGUGUUUUCUUUUCUUUUUAAUUAUUUUGAAGAUUCUCGAUAAAUAACCUAAGUUAAUUUUAAAGUGUGCUUCUGUGGCUGUCAUGCACCGGCUCUCUAUCUUGAUACCAUUCGGCUUCCUCAAGCAAUGUCUUGUCAACAAUGGUGUCUGAUCGGUAAAGCAUCACUAAUAAAUACCUUUCAAAACUGAAGGAUAAAGGUUGCAAAAUUAGGUUUUCAUCAAAUAUGUGUACAGUCUAAAAAAAAACCAAGAGUUUUAAUGAAGUUCACUGUUGAGGUUUAUGUUGUUCUAAAUUUGGACACCAAUAUUUUUAUUUUUGCUGCCAAUGUAUUUAAAUUCCAAAUAUUGGUUGUUGUUCUCCUUGAACACUAAUAAUCUAUCAUUUCGACCCUGAAAGACCAUCUUGGUUGACCCCUAAUGUGUCUUAGCAUGUUAAGGUCAUGCUGCAGUAGUUGUGCAGUUCCAAGCCAGCGGUCUUUCUAUCAUGUGAGUCACAUUAUAUUGUUAGAUUACCAAUUCACACCACAUUUUUCCUCAACAAGCCUUGGAUAGCAUGCCUAUUAUGUCUUUCCAAGGGUGCAUCUUGAAAGAUAUUGCUCCUGUAUUGGUUAACACACUGCGUUAGUCACAUUUGCGCCUGCAUCUUGUGAUUCUGCAAUGAAAUCAAAACGGUUUCACAUCACAUUAAUGACCAUGAACACACAUUAGUAUUGCUUUUGUGGGUGCAGAUUGAGAUCCAGUUGUAUCACGCACAGCAUACAAAACAGAACAAUGUUUUAAAGAUGGAUACUAAUCUGUGUCAUUUUAUAUGAUGCGAUUAACAUCUGUUGUCUGAGAAAAUUGACCAAAAUUGAUUGGUCCAGUCUGCUGCAAUAUUUAAGUACCAUACUGAGAGACAUUGCUUAACAUAUAUGAGCAUGUACAAACGGACUGAUUGAAAUUACUUUUGCGUGUAAGAACAUAUAAUUAAUAACUAAUCUGUUCAUUAUUUAAACUACAGGCAUUUGCAAUGUUUUUCUGUCGAGCUUUGCUUCCAACAGUUUUGACCACCAGAGAUCUAAGCUUUUUGUCAUUUGCUUUCAGCUCUCCAGUAACAAAUGCAGUGCGAGGACAAUGGAUGAGGAUGUCACCAGGCUUGCAAUACAUUCUGAAGAGCCUAAAAUAAUAUUACACGGAUCGGAUGAGGGUGGUGCCGGCGGGCAGGAGUUUGUUGUGGAGCUUCAAGAGACUGUGUUGGUGUCAGAAGGCGAGGGGGAAGGCAUGGCGGUUCACAGGUUUGCCCCAGACGAGCUAGUCAUCCAGGAUGCUGUUGAGGAUGUGGUAUCUGAGUAUGUGCACUGCGAUGAAGAUGAAGAUGUUGCUGUAGAAACCUGCGUGAUGGCUCUGGAGGGCGAGGAGGAAGGUGUUGCCAUGGGAGACAUCCCUGAAGAUGGGCUGGACCCAGAGCAGCAGGAGGAUGACCAAGACGGCUGUGGAGAUUAUCUAAUGAUAUCCUUGGACGAAGCUGGUAAAAUGGUGUCUGAGGAUGGAACCGAGGUGACAGUGGAGGGAGCUGUGGAGGACCAGGAAGUGGAGAAGGAUGAGGAUGGACAGGAGGUGAUCAAGGUGUACAUCUUCAAGGCUGAUUCUGGAGAGGAUGACAUGGGAGAGUCUGUUGACAUCAGUGAUGGGGACACGGAGAGCAUGGCGUUGACGGAGUCUUCAGGCCAAACACUCAGAGAGAAGAUGGUUUACAUGUCCGUCGAGGACUCUCACCACAAUCAAGGAAGCCAUGGUGGGUCCAAGGUGACUGAUGAGGUUUAUAUGGAGGUGGUGGUAGGAGGCGAAGAGCCAGUAACUCACGACCGCUCGUAUGACAGCGUGUCUCUAAGCAAGGACUUCAUGCCUGUGGCCUGGGCAGCUGCUUAUGGUGCAGAGGACAGCGAGAGUUGUGAAAACCGGAACGGUGCAGCCUCGGCACUGCUGCACAUCGACGAGUCGGACGGGGUUGAUGAAAUCAAUAGACAGCGCAGCAAGAACAAGAGACGGUCAGAGCCUCGACAGGUCCAGACAGCCAUCAUCAUCGGUCCGUAUGGUCAGCCGCUGACAGUUUACCCCUGUAUGCUUUGUGGUAAAAAGUUCAAGUCGCGAGGCUUUCUGAAGCGCCACACUAAGAAUCACCACCAGGAUGUUCUGACCAGGAAGAAGUACCAAUGUACGGACUGUGAGUUCACCACCAACAAGAAAGCCAGCCUCCACAACCACAUGGAGGUGCACGCUCUGAGCAGCAAGGCCCCUUUUGAGUGUGAAAUGUGUGGCAAGGAGUUCCACCAGCAGGCGGCGCUGUUCUCUCACAGACUGCAGCAUCACCACCGGGAGCCCAAGAACCAGCCGCCUCCACCGCCCACCAAGAUGCAUAAAUGCAAGUUCUGUGACUAUGAAACUGCUGAGCAAGGACUGCUCAAUCGACACUUGUUGGCCGUUCACAGUAAGAGCUUCCCCCACAUCUGUGUGGAAUGUGGAAAAGGCUUUCGACAUCCCUCAGAGCUGAAGAAACACAUGCGCACACACACUGGCGAGAAACCUUACUCCUGCCUGUACUGCGAUUACAAGUCGGCCGAUUCCUCUAAUCUGAAAACGCACAUCAAGACUAAGCAUAGCAAAGAGAUGCCAUACAAAUGUGAGCGCUGUUUUCAGACCUUUGCGGAGGAGGAGGAGCUAAUGCAGCACGGACUAACACACGAGGAGAAUAAGACCCACCAUUGUGCCCACUGUGAUCACAAAAGUUCCAACUCCAGUGACCUAAAGCGCCAUAUCAUAUCUGUUCAUACCAAGGACUAUCCACACAAAUGUGCUGUGUGUGGGAAAGGCUUCCACCGGCCGUCUGAACUAAAGAAGCACUCGGUAGCCCACCGCACUAAGAAACUCCAUCAGUGCCGGCACUGCAACUUUAAAAUUGCAGAUCCUUUUGUUCUCAGUCGCCACAUCUUGUCUGUCCACACAAAGGAGCAGCAGGCCUCACCUGAAAAGAGUGAGACUAAGAGGACAGAGACACACACUCCUGUUGCAGCACCUAAAAAGUCUGCAGCUAGCGGGUCGAGCGCCUCGGGUCCACCAGCUCGAGUCAGUGCAGCCAGCUUAGCCAGCAGUGUGACUGUAGUUAUUGGCAAAGGACAAAAAGAGAGGAGAAUUUACCAGUGCCAGUACUGCGACUACAGCACCGGGGACGCGUCGGGUUUCAAGCGGCACGUGAUUUCCAUUCACACAAAAGACUACCCGCACCGCUGCGAGAUCUGUUCGAAAGGCUUCCGGCGACCCUCGGAGAAGAACCAGCAUAUCAUGCGCCACCACAAGGACGUGGUGCAGGCAGAGUGACUCUGACCGAGCCAAAUACUGUGCCACAACAAAGAACAAUGUUGAAACAUCCAUCGCACCCCAAUCACUGCACCCUCAGCACCACACCGGUCACAUUGAAACAGCGUGGUGUGUGCUGCACUUAGUCCAUUCUGUUGUGUUGCUCUUUUUGAUCCCCAGCCUAACGUUUGUUCAGAAAUGUAAACACGUGUACAUAACAUUAAUGCUGUCAGAGUUAGCAACCGAGCCCCUCCGUAGACUUGCACUUUUAACUGCAUGUCCCUUGCUGGUGACAGUGUGCAUGGCAGAUUGUGCAGACGUCUCUUUGUAGAUACACAUUUUUUCUUUUUAAUUUUGCAGGUAGCAAUCAGUUCUCAAUCACGAUGGUCCUAAUUAUUUGUCUUAAAGCUGAAGUGUAAUUUUCAAUAAUGUUUGCGUCAUUUUGUUAAGAUGUACUUAACACAGCAGUAUGGAUUAGCAACCUGUUCCCAGUAGCACUUGGUAAAAUCUUGUGUCUGAGUGUGUGUGUGUGAGAGAGAGAGAGAGUGUGAGUGGGAAUGUGAGGGACAAAAAAAGCAACUGUUGUGCUUCCUGGUACUCUGACCCCCACCACUCUGUAACAUAAUGCUUUUUGUUGUGUUAAGGAAACACAACGCUGACUGUGUGUGGAGAAAAGAAGCAGUUACACGUAUGCACAUAAAUCGUGACACGAUCAUUACCACAUCGCUUGAUUAUCACAUGUCCAAUAUUUCUGUUUGAAGUCAGUAAGUGUACUGUAAGUUAUUCAGAAUAAGUGCCCAAAAGAGAAGAGAUGAAGUCCUGACUGACAGUAUUUAACUCAUUAAUGCUACCUGGGGAGUGAAAUCCCAUGAAUUUGAAACAGCAGCUUCCGUGUGAGAAAGACAAUGUUGCCUCUUCACGUACGUUUUUGACGUUUUAACCAUGAUGAGCUGUUCAUACAGAUUUUUUUUUAACACAUCUAUGAAUUCACAUAUCGGUUAAAUCAGAGAAGAAACAUCAUCUACAAGCACCAGUAUGGUAUCAAUAUUAGGCUGGGUUAAAAAAAAUACAGACUUAACAUCAGUGUCCCAAUAUAACUGUCAUCUAAAUGGGAAUCGAACAGUAUAUCCGAUGCUGCUGUUAUGAUACUAUGGACUAAACACUUUGUUUUCGCCAACACAGAUGUACUUUUGCCAGUAGAAAGGGAAAAUGUAUAUCUUUUUAGAUGCAACUUCAGACGACAGGUGCUGGUGGUGUACAUGUACUUUGGCUUUUUACAUUUUUUUUGUUAUCACCUGUGAUUAUUUCUGUUUUUAUAUUUAUUUCAUUUACAAGUUGUUGUAUAGGUAAGUGUAACUAGACUUCUAUGGGACGUAAAUUAUUGUUUUGUAUACAAAUCUGUACAAAGCGUGUAGAUGUAAACACUUGAUAAAAAGGAAAUCUCAACUGUGUUGUUAUGGAUGUACUUCAACGUAUUUGUUAAAAAAGAUAAUAAAGCAAAGUAUUUUA